ACCGUCACUAGGGGCGCCCGAGUGGGGAGAACGCUCCCAGGGGCCUUGGGGGGAACCAAUCAGAUCGGCGCUACGCGGCGCGGCUGACCUCGCGUCCACCCUUGGCAGCCAAUCACAGGUCGCCGUGGGCUACGUAGCGCCUGCCCGGGCUUGGCCGUGGCAGCGGCGGGGCCCCGGAGGUCGUGGUGCGGGGCUUCCCGCGCAGCGCCUCGCGGGCCGGGGGCGUCCGGGGAUAGAGGCUCGGGGACGCCGGCUGAGAGGGUGGCCGUGUGUGUGGAGGAAGUGCUGGGACUUGUGGCCACACUUGUCAGGAGCCACAUUAGAAAUGGAGCAGCCAUUCGUGUUAGAUGAUGAAGAGCAAGAUCCAGAGCCACAGCAGAGGUCCCAAGAACCCAUUCAGGUCCUCGAUGAAGAUGCGGAUGACGAUGCUGAGCUCAUCUUUGUAGGGGUGGAGAAUGUAAAGGAAGAUGCUGAGCUCAUCUUUGUUGGAGUAACUUCAACUUCACAACCAGCCAACUCCAACAUUUUGAACAGAGUCACUCCAGGUUCACGGUUAAAAAGAAAGUAUGACCGACUCAGAGAGACCUCUACGGGACGAUUGCAGCCCUCACGUCCUGCCCCCCCAGCAGAGGCAGUGAUUGUCUUGCCAGCGUCUCCAGCUGAAUCGAGAUCAACAGAUAGCCCUAUUAUUAUUGAGCCUUCGUCCGAGUCUGAUUAUAAAAGUAACUCACCACAAGUUGUGCCUAGUAGUUCUUCAAAGUGUUGUUCACCUCUGGUUACACUCUCGAGUUCAGAGAGCAGUCCAGUAAAGGCAGCGCUUUCAGGAGGAGAUGUGAAGGAAAAUUUGUAUGUAUCGAAGUGCCAUUUUUCCAUAAAUCCACAGAGGCCUGAAAAUAGUAUUGAGAUCCACACCACCUGUCUGCGCUGCCACCGGCAGUUCGAUUCCCCGUUCCAGCUGGAGUGCCACAUUGACCGUGUGCACACGGCGCCAGACCCGUCCGUGGUCUGCAAAAUCUGUGAAUUGUCGUUUGAGACCGACCAAGUCCUUUUACAGCACAUGAAGGACAAUCACAAGCCCGGGGAAAUGCCGUACGUGUGCCAGGUCUGCAAGUACAGAUCGUCGGUCUUCGCUGAUGUGGAGACACACUUU